GUCAGCACGAAGGCAGACAUGUAAAAGUUAGUUACUGAAUUUACACAUCGACUGACAGUUAAAAAAAAAAAAGUUUAGAAUUUAAUGAGAAUUCCUGUAUAAAAUCAUUUCAGAUGUUUGCAUACUCUUAGGACAAAAUCAGUGAGCUAAAAAAAAGCAUAUCUUUUGUGUUUUUGUUACAUUAAGCCUCAUAUAUCAAGUUGGAUACAAAGAGUCUUAUUUGUUAAAACCUUUUGUAUCGGGUUCAAUUUGCCUAAACUUUAUCAAAGUCAAAUCAUGACAUUUGUAUGGAUGGUCACGUUUUUAUGCUUAGAUUAUCCUGUCGAGUUAAAAUUCCUUUUUUCUUAUUACAGUUAUAGCAUUUAGCAGACAUCUUUAUUCAGAGUGACUUACAGAAUUGCUUCGGGUCUCUAUCUAGAAGACAUUCUCAAGCUGGUUCACUGAGGAGACAAAUUGAGAUAAUUAUCUAGUAUAUUAGGAGUAUAUUAUUGUUUGAUAUUAACUAUAAAAAUGUGAACUCAAGUUCUAAGUUCUAGUUUAAGUAUUUCUAUUAUUUAUUCACACACAACAGUCUUUCAAGUUUACUCAAAGUAGUAAAAAAAAAAAAUUAGUAAGGCAGUUGUUCUGCAGAUGGAAAUGCCCUGAUGAGAAAGGCCUGUGCCAAAUUAAGUGGUUUGAAUUAACUACUGUAUAACUGUGAGGAGCAGCGUACAUCCCUUCAUGACCCCAUGUUGUCCGUCUUCUAAAGGCUACUUUCAGCAUAAUAAUGUACCAUGUCACAAGCAAAAGUCAUCUCAGACUGGUUUCAUAAGCGUGACAAUGAGCUUAGUGUUCCUCGGUGGCCUUUUCAGUCAUAAAGCAAUCACAAAUUACAAAAAGGAAUGUUUUCAACUACAUAUGAAAUCCAUGCCAUUAAGUGAUAGUUUGAGAGCAAAGUGAGGCCUUACCCAGGAUUAGUUUAGUACUCCUCAUGAAGUGCUCUGUGAUUAUUUUUGCUUAAUGAAGUAAUGUGACAAGAGACUUUAUUCGGUUUGGUUUAUGCAAACAUUUUCACACAACAAGUGAGGUCUGUUGUUAAGAGAAACUUGAAAACGUAAAUGUCUGUUUAAAAAGUAAAGUUAGAAUUACAGAAUAUUAACCUUUUCACUCAAGUUUAAAACUAAUUACAUGAGUAACAUUAUAACAUUGAGGUAAUCCCUAAUUACGAUAAUUUCAUAAUAGCCUGUCUGUUGUGUAAUUAUAAUCAAUGUCUAUUACUUUAUUAAUUGCAUAUCUUGGUCGGGGGUGAAUCUGGGGAAGUGCAUAGUGCAAGAAUUAACCCCAUCACAGGGCACCAUGCAGUAUCGCAUACACACACUCAAUCAAAUGAAUUUGUUGUAUUUUCAUUUGGGUAAUAUUUUUUAUUUUGUUCUUAUCUGUUUAUUCCUAAGGAUUGUAUUGCUGAAAUUGUUAACUGCGAGUCUGAACUAAAUAUGAACUUCAGUUCAGUAGUAGUUCAGAAGCAGUCUGAACUUUCAUAGCGAUGAAUUUAUGCUCAGUUAAAAUGCCACAGUUAAUAAGAGAACUUGCCAGAUAAUUGAUCAAAGGAAUAUUGUAAACCUCCCCAACUUUUUGCCACAAAAUUGAGAGUACACAACUGUCUAGGACAGGAGUCGGCAACCCGUGGCUCUCUCAUCCCUUUGCUGCGGUGAAAAAAAAAAGGGCUUUGGAAAAUAGAUAAUGAGGAUUUUAUUAAAGUUUAUUUAAGUUCAUUAGUUUUUUUUAUGUAAUUAUGAAAUUGAAGGAUAUGGUGAUCUUGUAACAUUAAAAUAAAACAUGUUUAAUUUUUUGUAGCUCAAAAUAUGCGUCACAACCGCUGAUGUGCAACAUCUGCCGGCAUGCACCCCCAGGUUUUUAUUCAGGUUGACAGCCAGGACAACGGCACACAGAAGCAGACGACAUUUUUGGUUUGCUAGAAGUGGAAAAUUUAAGUUCGGCUUUUUAUUUAAGAAUAUGAGGACUCAAAUAGACAUUAAGUAUUUUAUUUAAAAGUAGCCUUCAACCCACUGUCUUUUUUUUCUGAGUUCAAAAUGUUUUUGUUGCAUGCAGAAAUAAAUUUUUUCUUUGUAGCCAUUCAUUGAUUUUAUAAAUGCAACACACAUUUUAUAGUUUUUUUUAUACAUAGCAUAAACGUAAAGAACGAUAUAUUUAGUGUUUUUGUGGCUCCCAGUGUUUUUUGUUUUUUCUGUGAGAAACUGGUCUAAGUGGCUCUUUGAGUGUUUAAGGUUGCCGACCCCUGGUCUGGGAUGACUUUGUGCACGACUUUCAUGUCCAGGCUGUCUAGUUUCCACCCACAAACCAAAGACAUGCAGGGGGAGAAUGUAGCGAGAGAGUUGCAGGCCCUUGUUAAGGAUUUACCGACUGUAUUGGAGGAAACGGGGAGACAAGCUGCCAGCCUAGAGGAAGUGGUGAAGCUUUACACAGCUUUCACUAAGUUUGUCUGUGACUGGUCAGAGCCUGUUCUUCUUAUGCUGUCUUUCAUUCAAAAAAAAGGAAACACAACAGUAUAUGAAUGGAAGACAGGAAAUGUACCUACGGUAAUUGAAAGGCCUGUAGUCGAGGAGGCACCACCUGACACUGUCACAGACGAAACGAUUGACUGGGGUGACUUGUGUAGCGGUGUCGAAGAGGUGAGUUUUGAGACCACAGGCGAGGAGGGAGUGGACUGGGGCGUCACACUUGAGUCUGGAAAAGAGGAAACAGAUGAUGGUGGCAUUGACUGGGGUGAUUCUACAACUGCUGCAGUGGAAAUAGAAGUUGUCGCUGCAGGCACUGACUGUCCAGAAGGUGUAGCGCGAGGUGAGGAUGCACUCUCCCUGCUUGAGAACCCACAGACACGAAAUCAAUUUAUUGAUGAAUUGAUGGAGUUGGAAGUGUUCCUGUGUCAGAGACUGAGUGAGAUGAGUGAGGAGGGCGAUAUGGUGUCCAUGAGCCAGUUUCAGCUGGCUCCUUCAAUCAUUCAGGGGCAGUCCCGUGAGCAUGUGCAGGCCAUGCUGGCAGAUGUGCGCCACCUUCUGGGAGGACUGACGUCACUGCGCAUGAAGCAUCUGUUCAUGAUCCAGGCAUCGCCCCGCUAUGUGGAGCGUGUGUCUGAUAUGCUGAGGCAGAAACUAAAGCUGGCUGAUAUCUUGGUGCUAAAACGCACCACUCUGGCUGAACGAAGGCAAGAAGCUCUUGAGGAACAGGCCAAGCUGGAGCCUCGCAUCGACCUGCUGACUGUCCAAACCAAGGAACUACAGAAACUGAUCGAAGCUGACAUCUCAAAACGGUAUAACAAUCGACCAGUGAACCUUAUGGGAGUUCAUGUGUAAACUGCAUAGUCCACAGUACCAUUUCAUAAAUAAAUAUUUUAUUUCAUUAAAA